UUUUUUUUUUUUUUAUAUUAAUUAACCAGUAGUAUAUAUAUAUAUGCUGGUUAAUCAAUGAUGAGAAGCAUAAGAUGAUAAAAACUCCAAAGGAAGCAGAUUUUUCACAAAAGCAGGAAGGCAAUUCGGGUGAUGAUAAAAUCACCAAGGCUUCAUCUAGCAGUACUACUUCAACACCAUGGUUAAGAUUGAAGGAUCCAAGGAUAGUAAGAGUAUCGCGUGCUUUUGGAGGAAAAGACAGGCACAGCAAAGUAUGCACCAUAAGAGGAUUAAGAGACAGGCGGGUGAGGCUUUCAGUUCCUACUGCUAUUCAAUUGUAUGAGCUUCAAGAUAGGCUUGGCCUUAAUCAGCCUAGCAAAGUUGUUGAUUGGUUGCUCAAUGCAGCUAAGCAUGAAAUCGAUGAACUCCCCCCACUGCCAAUACCACCACCCGGUAGCUUUAGCCUCCUAAAUCAUCAUCAAUCAAUAUUGCCACCUUCCAAUCAAGUCGGUGCUUCUCAAUCUAAUGACCAAGAAGGCUUUAAGUUCAUGAACAGCAGUAACUUUUGGAGUGCGGAUGCUUUUUGGCGGGCUAAAUCCAAAGAAGCCGCAAGAGAAACAAUCAAUCCAAAGGACAAUUGGGCAAGAAGGAAUAAUGAAGAAGAAAAGCUAGAAGGUAAUGAUUUUUCAUCCAACACCUUCUUGUCAAGAGCUAAUUUACCUUCCUUAGCAACAGGUUUCAUGAAUAGUACUCCUCCUUUGCCAUAUAAUUAUCAUAAUUGUGAUCCUUCAAAUUUCCCCCCUCAUCAUUUGGGAAGCCAUGGAUUCAUCACAUCACAAACAGAUCAAGAUCACCAUAGCUUUAGCAUCAUGCCAUUGCCUUCUGCCUUGUCUUUAUCAACUGGGUCUCAAAUUUUGGUUUGCCCUGGAACAACACAAUCCUUUUUCCCUCCCCAUGCAAUGGCUUCAGGGGAGAUUGAUCCCAGACAAGUCAACCAUUUUCAAAUGUUGAGCUCAGGUAGUCAACAUAAUCUCUUGCAAAAUUCUCUUGCUCCACCUGUAUACCCUAUAAGCCAAUCAAUAAGACCUGUCCACUUCAGCAUGACUCCUAAGCUUCUUCAUUCUCCAACCAACAGAGGAGUUGAGCCAAAUGAAGACCAAGAUUCUCCCUCUACAUGAUACAGAAACAAUACACUAGUGUUUAAGGAAAGUUUCUGCUCGUUUGUUUCAAUAAUUUCUAAUUAGUUUAUGGUUGCCUGUUUGAUUUCCUACCUAGUUUUGCUUCAGUGGUUAAUAAAUAUGCAAAUAAUGCAAUUGAUUUCAAUUUAAAUGUGAGACAAAAACUUCAAAGUA